AUGGGAGGAUUUAGGACAUCAAAUUCUAAAGGCAUUGUUAAUGACGAGAAGAAUAGUGGAACUGAAGUCACAAAUGAAUCCCCGUCACCGUGCCGUGUUGAACAGAGCAGGACGUUACAGUGUGCGCGGGCAUUGGUUUGGCUCCUGACCUCGACAACACUGUUGACACUAGUGCUUGGUGUUUUCUACAUCCAGUUUACGGAGAUCAACACACUACGACAAAGGGUCAAAUUUCUUGAAGAUUCCUUCGUAGAAUCACACCUGAUGCAGGCAGAGGUACAAAAGAGGGAUAUCCCAGAAAGAAAGGAUCGUAGAGAACAUCACUUGACUUACAGAGCUCCUGGAGACCAAUGCUGCUUAGCGCUUGCUAAACCAACUAUAUCUGGAAACCCCACUGAGGCCGUGUUCGUGUAUGGCGGACAGGAUGUUUUGUUGCCAUGUAACGCAAGUGGUUACCCGCCUCCAUCCAUCCGCCUCUCUCCCGCGACCGACCCAACCGGAAAUGGUCGAUAUGUGCAGGUGCCCGGCGGUCUACAGAUUAACAACGUCAUGAAUUCUGAUGCGCGAAACUACACGUGUACAGUUGAAAAUAUUUUCGGCAAACAACAAAAAAUCAUAGAACUACACAUUACAGACCCGGUCGUUGCAACGACAAGUCCGUCGAGAGUGACGUCAUCGGUCGGCGACAACUUCAGCAUACAUUGUGACGUCAGCGGAGUGCCACCUCCAAAGGUCACGUGGCAACACGUCACGAUGGACGGGAAAACUGUUCCAAUGACAAACGUAGUAGUAUCGGCACCAGGACGUUACACACUGACGUUUGCGAAUGCGAAUCACGUUGACGCUGGAACGUACAUUUGCAAGGCGUUUAACGCUUACGAGACGGAUCAAGCACAAACUACCGUCACCGUUUCAGGUGCUCCACAGAUAACCAACCCACCACCGGGUGUACAGUCGGUUAUAGAAGGUACCACUGUGACGUUACGGUGUGACGUUUUGUCCGAUCCUCCGGCAACGGUCACGUGGACGUAUCCGCUGACCGGAAACAAGUCUCCACUCAACGGACAUGUAAACCCAGACAACUCUAUCACACUGUCCGUGGUGGACAAGUAUAACAGCGGUACAUAUAGUUGUACCGCGUCCAACGCUGCAGGCACCGUCAUCGCUAUGUCAACGCUGAACGUAGAGCAACUUGUGCACGUGAAUGCGGGCCCACAUCUCGUACCAAUGACCGGAAGUGAGUCAUUCCUCAACUUUCAGUGCGCAGCUUCAGGUGAGCCAAGUCCAUCUGUCACGUGGUCCAAGAUGGGAAGUGGUUCGCUUACAGGGAAUGCCAAGUACAUCCAGCUUCCCGGGGGUAACCUAGUAUUGACGAACCCCGCCCUGGGGACCGACACGGGGGUAUAUGUGUGUAUGGGUGAAAACCACAACGGAAAUGACACGGAUACGGUUUUAGUGUACAAAGACCUUGGCGCUCUUAGUUGUUUUCAAACGUUCGACUCGGUGAGCUGUCCCCUGGGACAAACUUGUGGAGGCUCAUGUCCAGACUGUACCCAAAGUAGCGAGCCAGUAUACGGAUAUCAAACAUACAGUGGGGACUCCGCCAUCUGCCGCUCGUCUAUCCACGCAGGGACCGUACCAAAUGUUCUUAACAUGGCGUUGUGGACGUCAACUGGGGCAAGCGGUCCCCUGUCCACCACCACUUCACAUGGCGUGAUCAGCAUGUCGAAGCAGUCAGCUCCGUCGACCGCAACCGUAGUAAGGCCGGCCACGUACAGUCGAGUCAUGUCCGGCGCAUCCAACCUGUUUGGUUAACCUCCCGAGUUUACUUUCUGUGUAAUUGUUAUGAUUAAAAUUUAUCGUUUCAGUUGAUUUGUUAUGCGGGUGACUUCUGUUUUAAAGAGAAAAUUACUUCAAAAGAA